CGCAUCUUCUCUAACUGUUGAUAAUAGAGAUCGCGUGCUCUACUGUCUCGCGCGAGGUCUCCUGCUUGAACUCAUAAUGGCGGAAGAGGAAGUGUCAAAGUUACGAAAGCACCUGGCGCUUUUACGUCAGGAGUAUGUGAAGAUGCAGCAGAAGUUGGCAGAUACCGAGAAGAAGUGUACCAUGCUUGAGGCUCAAGCCAACAAGGAGAUCUCCAGUGACUCUUUCAUCAGCCGUCUGUUAGGAAUUGUGGCUCAGUUGUAUCAGCAGGAGCAGUACAGUGACCUGAAAAUAAAGGUAGGGGAUGAGUAUCUUAGUGCUCACAAGUUUGUGCUGGCAGCACGAACUGAUAUCUGGAGUCUAGCAAACCUAGCGUCAACCAAGGAGCUGGACCUGUCAGGUGAGUCGCCCGAGACUGCCCUUCAGAUCAUCAGAUCUUGGAUAUUCACUGUGGUAGACCAGUUAAAGCCGAAAGAAGAUGACUAUUUCUUGAAAGAGCUCGUCAGACUGAUGGGACGGUACUUAAUAUCCAUUUCUUCUGACAGGUGUGAAAAAGGAGUGAUGUCAUUGGUUAAUGUCAGGAACUGCAUCAGAUUUUAUCAAACUGCGGAAGAGCUGAGUGCUACUACUUUGAUGAACUAUUGUGCAGAGAUCAUUGCUAGUCAUUGGGAUGACCUAAAAAAGGAGGAUUUCAGUUCCAUGAGUGCCCAGCUGCUGUUCAAAAUGAUCAAGUCAAAGACAGACUACCCCUUGCAUAAAGCUAUUAAAGUAGAGCGAGAGGAUGUUGUGUUUUUGUACCUCAUUGAAAUGGACUCACAGCUACCUGGGAAACUGAAUGAACAAGACAGUAAUGGAGACCUUGCACUGGAUCUGGCACUCUCUCGAAAGCUAGAGAGUAUUGCAACAACGUUGGUAAAUAACAAGGCUGAUGUUGAUAUGAUUGACAAAAAUGGUUGGAGUAUUUUGCAUAAAGCCAUCCAAAGAGGGGAUGAGUUUGCUGCAAAUUUUCUCAUCCGGCAUGGGGCUUGUGUCAAUGCAGCAACAACUGGAAUGCAGGAGACUCCACUACAUCUUGUGGCUAAGUACAGCCCUAAAAAACACUCCGCUGAUAUAAUGAUAGGAAUGGCACGGAUUGCUGAGGCUCUGCUCCAGGCUGGUGCCAACUCCAACAUGCAGGACAGUAAGGGGCAAUGUCAGGCAUCAUUAACAAAGGAUGCUCAUCAUGUUGAUGACUGUAGCAGCAGCCUUAGCUAUAUGGGUUAUAUCCCUGUCAAGGAUGUAACAGGUGACCAGCUUCCAAAGCUUCAGGCACCUUCCAUGCACCCAAAUUGUUGGUCAUCUCGAAGUAAGCUGACUAAAAAGACAGGUUUAGGUGCCAAGCUCUUCAGAACUUUCCCUGCCAUUGAAGAAAGGCUAGAUUUGGAGUUAAAGGAUAAUGAAGGGAAUACAGCAUUGUGGCUUGCUCUUCAGUACAUCACAAUGUCAGCUGACCAGUCUGUCAAUCCUUUUGCUGAUGUGCCUGUUGUGAAUGGAACAUCCUUUGAUGAGAACAGUUUUGCAGCAAGACUUAUCAAGAGGGGCGGCAAUUGUGACGCAGCUGCUAAAGGGACAGGGAACUGUCUACUACAGAGGGCAGCAGAAGCACACAGUGAAGCAGCAGCACUUUUUUUGACAACACAUGGGGCAAAGGUCAACCACACGAAUAAAUGGGGGGAAACUCCACUCCAUACAGCUUGUCGUUAUGGACUUGCAAACCUUACUGUUGAGCUUUUGCAACAAGGAGCCAAUCCUAACAUCCAGACAAAACAUCCUGUUCCUGCUAGUAAAGUGUCAUUGUCUUCAGAGCCUGGAGAUGGCAUCUACCUGCAGACACCACUACAUAUGGCAAUAGCAUACAACCAUCCAGAUGUAGUGUCUGUCAUACUGGAGCAGAAAGCAAAUGCUCUUCAUGCUACCAACAAUCUGCAAAUAAUUCCUGAUUUCAGCCUUAAAGAUUCAAGGGACCAGACAGUCUUAGGUCUUGCUUUAUGGACAGGAAUGCAUGUAAUAGCCGCUCAGCUGCUGGGUUCUGGGGCCUCCAUCAAUGACACCAUGUCUGAUGGGCAGACACUACUACACAUGGCGAUACAACGGCAGGAUAGUCAAAGCGCUCUCUUCCUGUUGGAACAUCAGGCCGAUAUUAAUAUCGUAAGACAUGGCUGUGAUGCAACAUUUUGGAACACAGGACCAGGAAGCUGUCAGCAGACUCUUCUUCAUAGAGCCAUUGAUGAAAAUAAUGAACAAGUAGCUUGUUUCCUUAUUCGAAGUGGUUGUGAUGUAAAUAGUCCUCGACGGCCUGGUCCUAAUGGAGAAGGAGAUGAAGAAGCCCGAGAUGGGCAAACUCCCCUCCACCUCGCUGCUUGUUGGGGACUGGAAGAAGUUGUACAGUGCCUUCUUGAGUUUGGUGCCAAUGUAAAUACCCAGGAUGCUGAAGGGAGGACACCAAUCCACAUUGCCAUCAGCAAUCAACAUCCAGUUAUAAUCCAGUUAUUGAUUUCACACCCUGACAUACGGUUGAAUGUACGAGAUAGGCAGGGAAUGACCCCAUUUGCAUGUGCAAUGACUUACAAGAACAACAAAGCAGCUGAAACUAUCCUGAAACGGGAACCAGGAGCAGCUGAACAGGUCGACAACAAGGGUAGAAACUUCCUUCACAUUGCUGUUCAGAAUUCUGAUAUUGAGAGUGUCUUGUUCCUCAUCAGUGUGCAGGCCAAUGUGAAUUCAAGAGUCCAAGAUGCAGCAAAGCUGACCCCAUUACACUUGGCUGUGCAGGCUGGCUCAGAGAUCAUCGUGCGUAAUCUGCUUCUUGCAGGUGCAAAGGUGAAUGAGCUGACAAAGCAUCGUCAGACAGCAUUGCAUCUGGCAGCCCAGCAGGACAUGUCUUCCGUCUGCUCCGUGCUGUUGGAGAACGGGGUGGAUUUUUCUGCUGUGGAUGAAAAUGGCAACAACGCUCUUCACUUGGCUGUAAUGCAUGGACGUCUGAAUAAUGUCCGUAUUCUUCUCACAGAGUCCACUAUUGAUGCAGAAGCUUUUAACCUCAGGGGUCUGUCACCUAUGCAUAUCUUGGGGCAUUAUGGGAAAGAGAAUGCUGCUGCCAUCUUUGAGCUUUUUUUGGAAUGCAUGCCUGAAUACCCACUUGAUAAACCUGAUGCUGAAGGAAACACAGUGCUUCUUUUGGCAUACAUGAAGGGAAAUGCUAAUCUCUGCCGGGCUAUUGUAAGAGCUGGAGCACGACUUGGUGUCAACAACAACCAAGGAGUCAAUAUUUUUAACUAUCAGGUCGCUACCAAGCAGUUACUCUUCAGACUCCUAGAUAUGCUAGCUAAGGAACCACCAUGGUGUGAUGGCUCAAACUGUUAUGAGUGCCUUGCCAAAUUUGGAGUUACAACAAGGAAACAUCAUUGCCGGCACUGUGGGCGACUGCUUUGUCAUAGAUGUUCAACAAAGGAGAUUCCUAUUAUAAAAUUUGACCUCAAUAAACCAGUUCGUGUAUGUGAUAUCUGCUUUGAUGUGCUCACUUUGGGUGGAGUUUCCUAGCAUUAUGCAUAAAUUCGAUUUGAUUCUUAAAGUCUUGGCCACACUGCAGAGCCUUAUAUGCAGACAUGAGGAUGGCUGAAAAAGCCCUGCUUUCUGUGCUAAGGAAAAGGACCUCAUUCAGGACCUCGUGCUAUGUUUCAGUGGAAAUAAACUGCAUAAUUGUAAAAUUAUUAACAGCACAUAAUAGAUUUUUUAACCCUUUGAUAAAUAGAACAAUUUCAGAUCACUGACUGGAUCCUUAACAUUGAAGGAGUCAACAUUUCCAAGAUCAGUGAGGUGAAGGAACUAAACUAAAUACAAGAGGGUGUCAUACUGUGAAUGUGGUAUUGAAUAAUUUUCACAAGACAUACCAGAUAUGCCACGCUGGGACAGCAAUAUGAAAGCCUGUAUGAGAACCCUGAGCUAUGAAAUACAGCAAGAAAAUUCUUCAGGAGAUUUGCAGCAGAUCAUGUCUCACUACUCUUUCACAUAAUUUCAGUAACUGUGUGAAAUCUAAUGAAUUCAUGUGAACCUAUGGAGUCUUUCCAGUAACUUAUCAGAACAUUUAAGUUCCACUAGUAUCUUUGGCAGAAUAUAUCCUUCUCACUACUUGUAUUAAACACUAAAAUAAUCUACAUGUAAUUGCGCUUUCAUGGUCCAUCACACCUACAGUUAGAAAGCACAGGGAAAAAGUAGUAAAUGAUGCUUUCUGUCUUGGUAGGGGAAACUGGAAGCCAUGGAUCAAGAAUUGCUACUGCUAGACAAAAAUUGUGUUAUCAAACCUGAAAAAUAGUGCUUCUGUCUAAAAUCUGGUGUUGCUGUUUAUCAGCAUAUUCAGUUUAAAAGAAAAUCCAAGUUGUGCAGGAACUGUACUGUUGCAAAACACUGGUCAGUGAUAAGCAUUGUGUGUCCUUUGCUAAGGGUUGUAGCAGUGAAGAACUAAACAUCACUGGGCAUUCACGCCUGCUUUAAAAUAGUCUAUCUCAUUCCAUUAAAGUGGCAGCUCAUAUCAUAGGGUGUUCUGAUUGACUGAAUUGUGUAAAUCCCUUUAAUCCAUGGUGCCAUUCUUUGUUUUGAUUGCUUCCAUGUAGUCUGUAAACAUCAUAUUUAGCUAUAUGUGAGAUUCAUGUGUGCGCCUUAAUUAGGAUAUGUGACACCAGUGACCUACAGGGUUAGUGAACAUUGUUGUAUGCAAGUCCACCUUAAUCAUGAUCAAAAUAAUGUUUAAAACUAAUGCACUGCCCAAAGAAAUAAGCAUUUAAACACUUGCCUAAUUUUAAAUUUGAGUUGCUUUUUUGUGUUUCCCUUGAGGUUAAUGUAAAGUAUGAUUACUUGGCAGUAGUAUGGUGUGAUAAGUGGUAAGUGAGACAUUAUUUUGCCUUGCUUUUGACAUGUCUGUUGUAGACCUUUUCCUUCCAUUCUUUCACUGGCACUGUGAUGUCACAUGAGUUCAGGAUGAGCUGUUUAUGUCUUGGUUUAGCUGCAUUUUGUCACUGUCAAGAGGACCAGCCACAGUGCUUUUGAAGUAAAAUGGUGUUGCCUGUCAAAUAGUAUGCCAUUUCAAACAUGUAGCUUUUUAUAUGGGCAACAUAGAAAAUGUCCUAAUAGAAACAAGAAAGACAGUCACUAACAGUAAACAAACAGAAAAUAUCUGCUUAGUCCAACUGUUCCAAUUCCAGUUUGACUUCAUUUCAUGUCUGAUGUUUACUGGCCCUCCAGCACUUGUACGUACUUCUUAUGUGCAUCUCUGUAUGUUAUCCUUUACCUGAUUUCUACUUUAGAGCUGUUCUGAACACACACACACAGAAUGAACCAGUGCAUAACUGUUUUUUUUGUCUUUUACGUGUUAAAAAGGUGAUUCAGCUACAUUAUAAAAAAUGCUGGUGAUGAGAUAAAGUAGUCAUUUUCAUUGUGCAGACCUUUAAUUGUUUUGCUAACUACCGAAAGGGAUGUUAGAACCAAAAAGUGCAUUCAUAGUACACUACUUUCUUAAAAUAAACUGCUGCUUAAAAAAGGGGUGUGAAAAUGUAUGUAUUUCUUUCAUUACAAAAUAAUUAACCACAGCAGUUUUUUUCUUAUUCUUGCAGAUCUCAUUAAUCACCUUUCUGUUAACUUGUUGCAGAUUUGUUUGUUACGAAGCCAACUUUAACAGCUGGCAGAUGAGUUUAUAUGCUACAUUUAUAUGACUGAAUGUAUUGUAUGUUGUCUGCUUAAUUUUGUGUUGACAUUAGAUCAGCAGUGGUUUUAAAGUAGUAGAUCCUUUAUGCGAUCCUUCAUGUGAAGGUUCAGACAGCUGGCAGAGUACAUUAAAUCAGGAGUUUAAAUUGUC